CAAAUGACAGGUUAUCAAUGUUUUAUUAUAGCAUACAGUAGUUGAUAUCAAUUUUGCUUAUAAUAUGUACAGAGUACCCCGGUGUCCUGUUUCAGCUUUUCAGAAAGUUUGAUGAAAGAAAGUCUCGGUACAAAAAAUAUAGCUCAACAGCGGAGCCCGGAAGUAGGGCUGGACCUCGGCUCUUUGUAAACAUGGCCGUUAAGUCCAUUACAGCAUCAGGUUCUGCGUGUGGCUGUACUAGUUAGACAUUCAGGAAGUCACGGGGAGUAACUAGUACAGUAACAGGUGGAAAGAAAAUGUAGACACAAAACGGGCGCCUAGUAAUAAUUUUCGUUAUUUUAUAUCUGCGUGGGAACUGCAUUUAUAAACUUCAUGUUGUACUUUACGCUAGCUAGCUAGCGAAGCUAACGCCGACGUCUCAACGUUAACUCCUGUCAACUUUUUCAACCAGCUACAUAAUCUGCUACUUGACUGCUUAUCGAAAUGGCGGAGUGCCGUCGCUCGUCCAGGCUUUCUCGAUGAAUAUUUUACACACGGAGGUGUCGGAUUUACUCAGCUGAGGGCUGACUAAACUUUAUUAAAGGCUCCUUUUUGUUUUUGUUUUUUCCACUGGCAACCGCCAACUGCUGAGGGCGGACAUAAACAAUGUUUUCUUUAAAACCCAUGAAGCCAACCUUCAAAUGUUAUCUUCCUCCUGUACAGACUGAUGUGAAGAAAGCUAUUGAACCCCCUAUUAAAAAGUUGGAGCCCAAGUUACUUCAAGGGGAGAUCGUAGUUAAUGAGGUGAACUUUGUGAGGAAAUGCAUCAGUGCUGAAAGCAGCCAGGAUGACCUUUGGGGGAAGUUGAUAUGCACCAACUUUAAGGUCUCCUUCAUCCCUCAAGAUGCCUCUUCUAAACAGAAGUCCCAGUUGUCCCACCUCCUGCUUGGAGAACAUGACAUCCCCCUCACCUGUCUGGAGCAAGUAGUGACAGUAAAUGAUACAAAGGGGAAGAAGAAAGUAUUGGGGUCAAACCAGAAGCUGAAAUUCAACCCGACAGAGCUCAUCCUCUAUUGCAAAGACUUGCGCAUCAUAAGGUUCUGCUUUGAUGAGGCUGGGCCUGAGAGUGCCAAAAAGGUUUGCCUUGCUAUUGCCCACUAUUCCCACCCUGCUGAUCUUCAACUGCUGUUUGGCUUUGAGUAUCAAGGGCGGCGAUACCAUGAAUCUAAAGGGAAGCGAGUCAAUGGUUCCACCCCUCAAGGAGGAUUACGGACCCCCAUUUUUGACCGUCCAUCAGACUGGGAUCGGGAGAUCAAGAGAACAGGGGCAUCAGAGUGGAGGGUGUGCUCCAUCAACGAGAGUUAUGCCGUCUCACCAAGCCUGCCAGAGUUCAUUGUGGUCCCAGUUUCUCUGGCAGAUCAGGAUCUAAAGCAGUUGUCCGUAUUCUUCACUAAUCAGCGCAUCCCGUCCUGGUGCUGGAACCACCCAAAUGGAAGUGCUCUUGUCCGCAUGGCCAGCAUAAGUGAUCCAUUGCACCAGAGGAAGAUUGAACAGAAGAUCUUCACUGCCAUCACAAAAAGCCACCCACAGCGCAGUGAAGUCGUCAAGUCAGAUCUCGACAAGAUUCUGCCCAACAUCCUGGACAUCCAGAGCUCCUUUGUUAAAGUCAGGCAGAUCUGCGUCAUUGAUCCUUUUGAGGAGUCAGAGGAGAGGUGGCUCACAUCUAUUGAAAACUCACGAUGGCUGGAGUACGUCAGGGCUUUCCUGAAACUCUCAGCUGAGAUGGUGUUCCAGCUGGAUGGAAAGAAUGUUUCAGUCAUUCUUCAAGAGGAGGAAGACAGAGACCUGAACUGUGUCGUGUCCUCGUUGGUGCAGCUCAUGUUGGAUCCUCAUUAUCGCAGCCUCAUUGGCUUUCAGUGUUUGGUGCAGAAGGAGUGGGUGAUGGCUGGCCAUCGCUUCUUGGACAGAUGCAACCACUUAAAGAAGAAUGACAAAGAGGAGUCCGCACUGUUCAUGCUGUUCCUGGACUGCGUGUGGCAGAUGAUGAACCAGUACCCAGCAGCAUUCGAGUUCACAGAGACCUAUCUGACAGUCCUGAGUGAUAGCAUGUGGAUCCCACUCUUCAGUACUUUCCUCUUCAAUUCUCCGAAACAGCGAGCUCAGCACAUGAUGGACUUUGCCAAGAAUAAAGCCAUCCCUCAAGGAGAAGACCAGGUUGUGUAUUUCCCUCCUGUCUGGGACUGGUCACAGCAGUUCUCCACCAAAGACCAAACCCUCUUUAACAACCCGAUGUAUGUAGGCAAAGGAGUGGCCUGUGUUCAGAAUGGAGAAGUGAAAACCUUCAGACGCACAAAGCAGAAAACCUACAGUUCCACAUUGCGAGGAACGCCUGCAUCUCUGCGCAAUGGACUGAAGGUUGGAGAGGAAACGUUGACCCGACGGGGCUCUCUGAUGUCGGAGUUGAGGUCUGAUUACUCACCAGUGAAAGACGAAAGCCCGGCCGAGCGCUUCUUCAGAGACUGCUUCUCUCGACCUGCAGACCAGCAGGGCCUCCUGAUUCCCCUGCUCGCGCCCUCACACGUCACUCUCUGGAAGCUCUACUUUCUACGCUGGGUUCCUGAAGCCUGCAUUCCCAAAGGAGGUUCCAGCACCGCCUACCACAAGCUCUCCCAACUGGUCGAUGAAAUUGAGAUACUACAGAACCAGCUAAGGCAAUAUAAGGGACGCAGUCCAGGCAACACACCACUCCCCAGCCCAAGUGGGCCCCUCUCAGACCAGAGGAGGAUGUAUUUUAAGGCCUGUUCCCCACAUGACCCCCCUACACCUCCAGACUUCCUCACCUCCUCCUUUCCUUUCACCCCAAUGGGAAACCUGUGUCGCCGCAGUGUCCAUGGGACCCCCAUUAGCAAAUUUCUGAAUGGGGCGAGGAUCUGGCUCUCUACAGAGACUCUUGCUAAUGACAGUCUCUAAAGACGUGGGGCUCACUUUUCUGAGCUCAGUACAGGUUUGUGUAACAAUUAAUCAUCUUAUUUUCUAUUACCUCUUUCUUAAAAACCAGGAAUGAAAAUGAGAAAUAGAAAAUCUAUCUAUCUGGACUUAAAUUAUUUAUAAGCUAGAAUUUGCACCGUUGAUACUGCAUCAAAAUCUGAGGUAAUUUCUAAACUGAAGCGCCCUCGAUUGGAUUUAAUCAAUAUUCUCCAUUACAGAUCUGGAAUUCAGAUUAUCUAAAGCGCAUCCUUCUUACUGGCCAGUGAGUUGUUACUGUGAGGUGUCCUGACUGGAAGAUCAUCAUACAUUUUUAUAAAAGAUGUAUUUUUUUUUUUCUACUUAAGUUUUUAGGUUUCUCUUUCUCAAAAUGUAACUAUGAUAACUGCUCUUUUUUGCUGAGCGUACUGUAUGACCCAAACAAAGAGUGCUUUUGGAGAUUUUUAUAGAGUUGAGAGUUUCCUAUGCAAGAUUUACCUGUGAUUCAAUGUUCAUUUUAAAGCAAUAAUCGAAAUGUUAACGUGUGUAGCAAUGCCAUCAGGAUAGUUUUAAUUUAGUUGAAUUCUCAAUGGUCUGUAAGAAUUCCCCACUGUAAUGGAAUUGAAAAAUGUAAACCAAAUGGUGAUUCUUGAAAUUAGAAAAUGCCUGUUCUCUUUGCAGCAGCAAUGAUGCAUUUCUCUGAACACUGAUUUCCAAAUACUCCGUUUGUUUGUACCCUCCAGGAAAAGUAAUUGAAAAUGUAAUAAUGUACCUAGUAUUUUUAUUUCAGAAAGAGUAACAGAAAAUAUCACUGCUAACGACAUAUUUUAAUAUGUGGUAAAAACGAAGAAGAUCUGGUCUGGUUGAAUGUAAUGGGGCGAUUCUUUUUCCUUUUUUUUCUUUGCACAAACUUAAUGCUAUUUUGCUCUAAAUGCCCAUAUGUUAAUGGUUAUGUUGAGGUUUCACUGUACACAGCAAAUAUUGUGGUUUCAGGGUCUUCAUUUGUAGAGUUGCUCUAUUUUUGAAGCAGAGAAAGGGGCCUAUAUUUUUAGUAUCCUAAAGCAGGUGAUACUACGAAGUGGAGCUGUGAGGACUUCAAUCUGUGGUAGAUAUUUCCUCUUCUCUUUUUGAAGGGGUUUUAUUAAACUUUUAUACAGGCCUUCUGGUAAGGCACUGAGAAGAAGAAGAAACUGUUAAUUUUUACAGUACCUGAAUGGGUAAAUAUUUGAUAGCAAAGGGACAGAUGAGGGCUUUGACUCAAACCAGUCUCUAGUUAAGAUGUCGUGAAUUUCAGGCACUGAAGUUACUGAUCCAAUGAACGAGACCGUGAUGGGUCGAUGACGAGUGACACAGUUUCAAGGCAGCACAUGAGAAAAUUUCAGCAAUAAAUAAUAUGGAUUGAGAGUGUCACAAAUACACCAUGUGUAUACACACAACAACUUUUUUAAUUUUCAGAAUAAAAUGACAAAAGUCAGUUGUGAAGUAUAACUACAGUCCAUACAGGCUGUUUAAGGAAAAGCCUGAUGUUUGUACAAAGGGAAAGAUUAAACUAUAACAAUACUCACAUUUGUAAUAACAUAUGUUCUUGGGGGGUUUUUUCUCUCCAGAUAAUGCUACUCUGCAUAGAGGAAUAAUAUAAUAGAAAACCAGCAGUGAAGUUGCUGUACUCCCAGUCAGGAUAGUGAUGGAGAUGUUAGUGCGUUAAGAUGUUAACAGGUUUUUAUGGUACAAUUAGAGAAUUUUUUUGAGUGAGUUUAACUUCCAGUGCACUGCAAAGACUUUGUCAUUUGGAGACACUUAAAGGUGUCUGCCUGGGAGGUUACAACCUGCUGAACUAGAGAGUGGUUUGAGAGACAUCAGGGGAAAUGGAUCAGUCAUCCAGUUAAAACUGGUGAAGGAACUAGCACUGUGUAAUAUCAUAAUGUCUUAAAAUAGCAUUUAAUAUAAAUAUAAGACCACUGGAAAGACUCCACAUCGGUCCUAUUACAUAGGAGAAUUGAUCCUUAGAUGCUAAAUUGACCAGUUUUCAAUGAUAUUCAGCUAAACUCGUAAUUAUUUGGCAAUACCUAGUUCAGGUGGGUUUUCUUUUUAUAUAGAAGUGUAUAGUGUGAGUGCAGAACCUGUUCUCCCAAAUGCUAUUAAUUGCACAUUGUACUCCAUAUAUAUAUAUAGGAUAGUUUGUUUAAAGGUGGUUGUUGAAUAUCAUUUUGGCAGAUAUUAUAAAUACUGUAUAUGCUUGAAAUCUUCCAAUUCAUAUUUUUGAUUAAUGGUACUAAACAACUUUUAUCCUUGAUUUAGUCUUUGUAUUUUCUGGAGAGAUAUUUAUAUGCUGUGUUCUUCCACUAAUUCACAAUGUUGAGCUCUGCUGUAAUAGCAUGAUGACCGUGCUUCCACUGUGGCACAGUUUGAUAUUGAUGAGCAGCAGAUGUAUUUAUUCAGUUAUGCAAAUAUUCUCUGAGUGGGAUGCAAGGGCUACUGUACAUCCCCCCUGUGCCUUUUGGGAAGAUUGACCAUUUUUGUAACUAUAUUCUAAAUCUGUUGACUUACUUUAGAUUUCUAAAACUUAUCAAUUCUGUAUAUCUAGUUCAAUUCAGUGGUACUGCACUGAAGCUGUUUUCCUGACAGAAAAUAAAUCUCAAAUGUGUACCAAUAACCAAUCAUUACAUUAUUUUUCAAAUGAA